UUAAAGUGAUUCGACAACAAAUACAUGUAAAUAUGCAAGCCGCUUACGAACGACUACAUAGGUUUCCUCUUAAUCUCCUCCUUUCAUCGUCUCUGAUUUCAUUUUUCCCACCUUCUUUCGUCUUUCUCUUCUUUUCUCUUUCAAAUCGUCCUGCUAUAAACCAGCCACCGGCUAAAGUUUUUCUUUUUUCUUUUUUUUUUUUCAUCAAUGUUUUACUGAAGGCCAGCUAUUUCAAUCUGUAGCAGCAGUCUUCCACUGAUGUGGAUUGUUAAAGUACAAAAAUAGAACAAAUUACUCAAAUAUUAUACACAAACAUAAACACGUAAACACACGUGCAUGCUUGCAAACGUACAUAAACUUCAGACAUAUAUUCAUAUAUGCGCACGCUUUUAUCGUAUUGUAAACACACGCGCUGACACACCAACACUAACACACAUUUUCUAUCUUUAACCCUCACACGCACAUAACUCUGGUAUUUACGCGUGUAUAUUUGCAUAUACCUCUUUAAACAUAUAUAUAUAUCUUUGCAUGUAUUCACACAAGGCACGUCAAGAAGAGAGAACAAUACAAAAAAGUAUUUAGGCAAUCCAACUGCUUAGUAAUUAACAAGCAUAAAUCGACCAUGGAGGUCCUUUUCUGAGAAAAUUACCGAUAAGUUUACCAGUCGGUGGGUUAAGCAUGUGAGAAUUCCUGUAGACUCAGCGGAAUCUUUACCUGACCUCGAAGAGAAAACGGUUCUCGUUGACAACUUAUCCGUGAUUUUUAUUACUCUUUAUUUUCAUAAGUUGUUUCCGAGAGAAAAGAAUCGCUCACACAACCCUACCACCACCAGCAAAAGCACCUUAUCUAUCUAUCUAUAUAUCUAUCUAUUUAUUUAUAUAUCUAUCUAUCUUCAUAUUCUCCCCCCCCCCGCCUCCUUUUAUUGUUUUUUUUUGUUUCGUUUAUAGAAAAUUAUUAAAAAUUAAAAUUUAAAUCCGAUGAAAAGGAAGCGAAAAAAAUAAAACAAACUAACAAUAAUGACGGUUAAAAAAAAUAAUGAAGCCUUUGGAUUUUUACUGAACUUUUACUUCGUCUAAUUAAAAAAAAAGACCAAGUUAGGAUAAAAGAAAAAGUGGAAUUUAACUGCAACAAUGCCUGUCCGAAGAGGCAGAAGGACAGCCGGUAAUAGGUUUCUGGAUACUAUAAUAAACCGAGUUGAAGGAUCCGGUAACUUUGUACUUGGAAAUGCAAAGUCCGAUGGCCUACCAGUUGUGUACUGCUCAGAAGGAUUCUUUGAGAUUACUGGCUUCCGACGAAGCCAAGUAAUUGGCAAGCGGUGUAGUUGCAGUUUCCUCUAUGGAGCCCUUACAAAAGAGGAAUCAAAGCAAAAGGUUGAAGAUGCUCUUAUCUAUCAACAGGAAACGAAAGUCAAUAUCUGCCUUUAUACCAAAUAUGGAAAUCCAUUUUGGUGUCAGGUGGAAAUCAUUCCAAUCACAAAUGAAAACCAAGAAGUAGUUCUUUUCUUAGUAUCUUUUUACCAGAACAUGCCAAAUGACCAAAAUAUAGAAUCCGAAAUCACAGAACACGAUCCUGAUAUCUUAUCAAGUCCAACAAAUGAAUCACAUUUCCAAAAACGAAAACGGAGAGGAAGACAAGUACUCUUUAAUCUUUCAAAACAGUUUAAGUCCAGUAGGAAAAAGAUGUCCCAGUUAGACAAGCUGCAAGAGGCUGUAUCUGGUCAACAGACUGUGCCAGAGUACAAAGUGGAAGUCCAAAAGAAAGGCAAAGGAAUAAUUCUUCAUUAUGGCUUUGUGAAAGUCCUCUGGGAUUGGUUAAUUAUGCUAUGUACCUUUUACAUUGCUAUUAUGGUACCUUUCAAUGCUGCAUUUAUUGUCGGAGAAUUUGUCAGGACCACAAUUUAUGCUGAUGUUGCAGUGGAGAUCAUUUUUGGAAUUGAUAUCAUUUUGAAUUUCCGAACAACGUAUGUCAGUAAUACUGGUCAAGUGAUUUAUGAUGGAAAACUUAUUGCUUUGAACUACAUAAAACAAUGGUUUCUCAUGGAUCUUCUGGCUGCUAUUCCUUUUGAUUUACUUUAUGCUUUUCAAGUAGAAACGGGUACUCUUAUUCCAUUGCUGAAGGUUGCCAGAUUACUGAGAUUAAUACGGUUGUUCCAGAAAAUGGACCGUUACUCACAAUAUGGAAGUGUUGUGAUAAUCCUGUUGCUGUCCAUGUUUACUUUAACAGCUCACUGGUUAGCUUGCGUUUGGUACAGCAUAGGGAAAUUUGAACUACAGAAACAUCCAACAAGCUGGAGGAUAGGCUGGCUGAAUGAAUUGGCGGAUACAUUAAACAGACCUAUUAUGAAUCGCACACAUUUACCUGAUAUGUGGAGUUGUUACUUAACAGCUCUCUAUUUCACUUGUAGUAGUUUAACUACAGUAGGCUUUGGUAAUGUAUCAGCCAAUACAAAUGCUGAGAAGAUCUUCUCUGUUUGUGCAAUGCUCAUUGGUGCAAUGAUGUAUGCUUUGGUGUUUGGUAAUGUGACUGCUAUUGUGCAGAGAGCUUAUGCGAGAAGAGCUACAUUUCACAUGAAAACUAACGACUUAAAGGAAUUCUAUCACACUUACAAUAUUCCGAAACCUUUGAAGCAUCGAAUCCAAGACUAUUUUCAGAGUAUGUGGACAAUGAAUAAUGGAAUCAAUCUAAAUGAGUUAUUUUAUGAAUUCCCAGAUGAAAUGAAAGGUGAAAUAUCAAUGCAUCUUCAUAAAGAGAUUUUGUCUUUGCCAUUGUUUAAAUGUGCUACUCAUGGAUGUAUGAAGGCAAUAUCCUUACAAAUUCGACGUACUUUCUGUGCACCCGGCGAAUACUUGAUUCAUCGAGGUGAUGCCAUUAGCUAUCUUUACUUCAUCCUUAGUGGUUCUCUGGAGAUUCUCAAAGAUGACAAAGUGGUGGCACUAUUAGGUAAAGGUGAUCUAUUUGGUAUUGACCUCCAAUUUGAAGAUCCAGUCGCUAGUUCCAGUUGCAGUGUGAAAUCGUUGACGUACUGUGAACUUCAGUGUAUCAACCUAAUGGGAUUUAUCAGUGUCUUGUCAUUAUAUCCUUCUGUAGCAGAAAAAAUUGCUAAUGCUGUCCAGCAGGAACUUACCUUCAAUCUCAAAGAUUGUGAAAUUGAUUUAGAAGCAGAGAAUAAUUUUGAUAAUACAAGGCCCUCCAUAGUUGAUGGUGAUGAUAGAAAUAACUGCAACAAUUCGGUAAUAGUGCCACGUUAUCUGCUUCCUGGAUCAGGUGAUAUUGAUAAUUUUGGAAGAAACAACUUAAUUCGAAGAUGGCUACAGAAAAGGAACACAUUUCCAAAACUUCAAAAACAACAACAAAGAAGAACUUCUAUGCCAGUACCAAGAAAUAAUGCCAGCUUCUCAUCUUCCAGUACAAUUUCCAGGGAGGACAUGGAAAUUGGAAAUAAUGCACACAUAAAAGGAAAAGUAAACUUCCAAAAUGUUGUGGAAAGAAUCACAAAACGUAAGAAUAUACAGAAUACAUUAAGGAGAAAAAUACAAGAAAUGAAAAAACUUAAAACUCAAAAAGAAGACAGUCAAAAAAAUCUUGAAAGCAGUUCACUAGAAAAGUGUCAAAUGAAAGAGCAGAUAAUCUGUCUAUCAGAAGAAAUGAACAGAGUUCAUCAUGAGGUGCGAUCAGCUUUACAUCUCUUGUGUGAACUUACCAAUAAAUCAAUCAACAGUGUCAUGGAACAAGUAACUGUUCCUGAGGUGAAGAUUAUCAGAGAUUGCCCAAGGGACAGUAUUGAUUACAACCCAGACUCCCAAAUAAGUGAGUGUACUGAUGAUAAUCCUCCCAUUCCUAGCUCUCCACGACUCAUAAUUAGUUCAAAGGCAUUGGCAGACCUGACAAAUACAGAUUUUUCAGAUAUUUCAAAAGAAGAUAAUUUAGAAGAUUCAUCUGUAAAUAAAAAGGUGUUGCAGCUUGAGGCACCAACCCAUCAGGAAGACACACGCCAUGAAAUUUCUCCACAGGUGGCACCAAGGAAGAGUAAAGAAGCUAAUAGAAAAAGCAGUGAAAGUCCACAAAUCAGUGUCAUAUUUGAGCCGAAUUCUACAAAACUAAAUUGUCCAGUUAAUUCCAAUGUUGACAUUUUAAGAAACAGAGGCCAUUCAGACAGACCUCAAAGAGCAGCAGCUGAGUCCAGCAGUGCUAACCUCACAAAACCACUGCCUUUAGGAUUAACAAAUUUUCCAUUUGCAGAUGAAGACAAUGAAAAGAAAUCUAUUGUAACUGAAAUGACAAAUGUGUAGG